CUUUGAGUACCCUCAGCGUGACAUAGCACAUGACGAUCAAGCUACUUUAAAGAAAGAUUUGUGAAUUUAACCGAUGAAAUGAUUGAAUAUACAUAAUUAUGUGCAUUUACAAUAAAUUGAAUUCCUUUGAUAGACUUCAUUGACUUCCAUAUCAUUGUUUUCCACAAGUUGCAAAAUUGAAUGUCAUACGACAGACACACAUACAACGUGAAACAUGUACAUAUAUGUACAAUAUAGAUAACAUGUAAAUUCCCACGAUCUUCGGUCAAUUAUAUCACAUAAUGUGUGGAAUAAUUUAUCAGGGUGAACCCCUUUCGGCAAAUAUAUAUGACAGACGAAGCGCUGGCCACAGUUCUAUUUAAGGUAGAAGACCCGAACAGACACUGUAAUUGUGAACGAAAAUCAUGGGAUUACUAGACGUGUAUUACUACGUGAAUGAUGAAAUAGCUGAUUGGAGAACGAAUAACUGGUUCUUAGUAAGUUCUCCUCUACCGAUCACAUUCCUCACAUUUGCAUAUUUGUACUUCGUUUUAAAAUGUGGACCCAGAUACAUGGAAGGCAGGCCUGCGUACAAACUGUACAGAUUCAUCAGAUUGUACAAUAUCUUUCAAAUUGUAUCUAACGCGAUGAUAAUAUAUGCUACGAUCGAAGCUGGAUGGUACAAAGAUUACUUUAUUUACUGCGUUAAAGUAGAUUUCACCGACAGCCCUCAAGCUAUGAAGUUCGCCAGUAUAUCGUGGUAUUUACUUCUAUUGAAAAUCAUCGAUUACAUUGAGACCGGCAUGUUUGUGCUUAGAAAGAAACAACGACAAGUUUCAUUCCUGCACUUGUAUCAUCACGUUUCAACAGCAUGGCUUGCCUGGGCGCACAUCAAAUAUUUCACUAGUGGGAUAUCUCUGAUAUUGCCCAUAGUCAAUUGUGCAGUACAUGUACUGAUGUACACAUAUUACCUACUUUCGUCCAUUAAAUCGCUCGAAAAAACGAUGUACUCAGUAAAGCACUUCAUCACCAUCACGCAAAUGGUAAGUAUAGAAACAGAAUAUGAAGGAGUAUAAUAAAUCGCACGCUUUAUAAGCUCAGUUUAAGCUACAUGAUAGAAGCAUGUAAGAAAAUAUAGAAAAUGCAACGAGAAAAUUGUAUAUCAACACUGCAAAUAAGAUUUCCUUUUAUACAGGGUGUUUCCUAAUACGUGAGACCCACUUCGAGAGUGCAUGGGGGGCACUCGUCCUGAAGUAGGUCUCCUUAGGAAACAGCCUGCGUAUGCAUUUCUCCAUAAAAAACCAAGCACUUUGAUCAGUUUGGUAUUCCUAGUAUUAAGAUAUAAGAGAGCUUCUCAUUAAUAAUAAAAUAUUCAUAUUUGUUUGAACUGGCGCAAUAAACUAACUACGUUAUAUUUUCU